UACCAAUCCAGACAGCGGAGACCAGUUGACUACCUCUGAUGAUUUCUGAGAUCUGAGCUUCUUCAAGAGAAAGAGAGUCCAACAAGAAACCGGGGAGGCUGGAGGGGGUCUCUUGACCCACAAGAUUCAUGUUAGCUUCAACAAGAAACCGGUUUAGGAGCUAAUCAAGAGAAAGAGAGUCCAACAAGAAACCGGGGAGGCUGGAGGGGGUCUCUUGACCCACAAGAUUCAUGUUAGCUUCAGGAGCUAAUCAAGGCCUCUGGAUUUGAGCGAAACUGGUCUGAAUUGAUCGCCAAUAAGGUAGAUCAGGAUUUUACAUUGAAACUGUUCAAAGUUCUGUAAGUUUAGAUUGUAGCAUAUAUAAAAAACCGCUGGGUUAUUGUUGUUGUUGUGGCCAUGGCACUGGCUUUGGUUGGAGGGGCUGCCAUAGGAGCACUCUUCGGAGCGCUGUAUGAUGUCGUUAAGGAAUCGAUGGGCAGGACUGUUUUGCAGUAUAACCCCCUCCUUGGAGAUCUUAAAUUCACUCUGGAAUCUCUACGGCCGCGCAUCGUCCAACAGAUACGAGAUCAUAAUGUGGAGUUAGGCCUCCCGAACGACGAUAUCGAGAGCCUACAAAGACAAAUGGAGGACGGCAUAGUGCUUGUUAGGAAGCUGUCAAAUAAUGGUAUGUGGAAUUGUUAUGCAUGGGGCAGCUGCUGCAACUGCACAAAGCCCAGUUACAGCGACCAACUUGUUGACUUGGAUAGGUCUCUUAGAAUACUGUUAGAGAUAUUGAAGCUGCAGGAAGCAAGGGAUGUGAAGGAGGUCUUGCUUUUGACUAGGAAGAUCGAUGACAAACAAGAUGAAUUGGAAAGAAGAAUGUCAGAUUUGCUGAAAGUGCAGCAGGAAGCAGGGGAUGUGAGAGGGUCUUCAGGAAGCAACAUAGGCACGACGGUACAGCAAGGAAACGAAGGGAAUGGAGGGCAUCAAGUGGCGCCAGUAUGCGGAGUAGGAGGGGCUGCUACUCUAGGAGCAGUUUUUGGAGUGUUGUUUGAUACCGUUGCGCGAGUGAAGGACAAGACUAUGAUGCUUAAACGCCCUCUCGAAGAUGUCAAAUCCACGCUAGACUCGUUAAAACCACUAAUAGAAGAAAUAGCAGCGUAUAACAAGGUAUUGAAUCUCCCAAAGGAGGAAUUAGAAAAGGUUAGAUUUCAAAUGGAAGAGGGUGUGGAGCUACUUCACAAGUGCUCCAAGGUUCGUCAGUGGACUAGCUACAACAGGUAUGAAUAUGCAAACAAACUUCUUGGAUUGGAUGAAUCGCUUCAAGGAUUGUUAAAUAUAUUAAGAGUGCAAUUAGCAAGGGAUGUGAGGGAGAGGUUGGUUUCCGUAAGUAAAAUAGAGAAGUUGAUUGAUCAAAUUGAAGAGAGUGGUACGGUACAAUUACAGAAUCAUCCAACUGAAAUUGAAGAUUCAUGUGAUGUACUUGAACCCCCACAACCUGAAGUUGGAUUGAGUGUGCAGGGAACAAGGGAUGUGAAGGAGACAUUGGAUUCGGCAGCAAAAAUAGAGGUUGGGGUGAAGCGAAUUGAAGGUAGUGGAGAUGUACAAGGUCAAACUGACAUGGGAAUAGGUGAACCUAAGUUGCCUACACUUGAAGCUCCGGAUGUUGAAAAUGAGGUGAUUGAAUAUGUAUCUUCAACGGUUACAGUUGGCUUGGAUGAAGACCUGAUAUGUGUUUCUCCCGCACCUUCCUUCACAGCGAUGGAUGACGAACCAACUGCUUACUUUAGUGAUUUCUCCACAUCCUACCUGGAAGACAAAAUCUCUCAUGUUUCAGAAGAUGCUAACCCGAUGGCUCAUUUUCAUGAUUCCUCUGCAUCCACCGCAAGAGAUAGAAGCUCUUAUGUUUCAAGGGAUGUUGGGACAAAGUUUCCUCUUGGCAAUCCUGUCAAGUCUACACAGAUAUAUUUGCACCAGAAGUUGGAACUGAAGGUGAGUGCUGAUGACAAAAAAAUGAAGAAAGUCACGGAAGCUGUCUGUGCCAUAAGGGGGGUUAGUUCGAUUAGUUGGGAUGCGAAGAACCAAAAGCUAACAGUGUUUGGACAGUUGGAUCCAAUGGUAAUACUGACUAAGUUGAGGAAGAUAGUUCGUAAAACAGAGUUUAUAUCAGUAGCCAUGGAAGAAAUAAAAGAAGAUAAGAAAGAGAGAAAUCUUACUAUGAAAGAGAAAAUGGAAGACAACAAAGACUGCAGCAUUGGGUACAGCCUGCAGCAUUUUGCUGAAUUAAUUUCGUAUCAAGGGGCUCGGCAUCUGCGUAUUGAUGAAAGGAACUAAACGAGCAAGCAUCCAACUGUGCUUCUGCUUCAGAUGCCAAGAAUGUUAGAGGUUUAGGAUCAGAUACGUACGGUUUUGAUCGAUGCUGUAAAGGUUCAGAUAGGUAGGUAGGGUUCCAGUCCUGAUUGUAUGGUUCAUGAAGUAGCUCAGCAAUGAAGUCUGCUAUCUCGUAUAAGUAGAAAACUUUCAAUUUGACAAGCAUUUGUUCCUUGUCUGAGUUGUCUCUUGUGGACAAAUUCCAAAGAAAGGGUACACAGCAAAACCGAAAAUAGUUAACUGGUGUACCAUGUUCCUGCUAGGGUGUUUUUUAUUUCCUUUUGCUCUAUAAUAUUCAUUUGAUUCUGGUCAUUUUUUAACUUUUGUAAA